AUGCUUCCCUACUACACCUACGCUUCUCCGCCACGGUCCGUUAAUCCCCUUUGCCUAACUCUUCUUCCCAUUUCCAUUUGGAAGCAACAAGGUCUCAGGCGGAGGUGCAGCAUUAUUCGAAGCUCAAUCUCGACUCAUCGGCCGAUUCACCUCCUAAGAGAUUCUCGCUCUUCAAUGGCCGAUUCUCAUUCUAGCGUUGUGCUUCAAUCUCUACACGACGGUGAUGGUAAUUUGGAUUCGGUUAAACCGCAGUAUGCGGAGAUUAUUGUAGUUCGUCACGGUGAAACUGAGUGGAAUGCCGAUAAUAGAAUUCAGGGACACAUAGAUAUUGACUUAAAUGAGGUUGGGAGACAGCAAGCAGUGGCAGUGGCUGAUCAACUCUCCAGGGAGCCUAAAAUCUCUGCUGUGUACUCAUCUGAUCUGAAGCGAGCUUUUGAGACAGCAGAGGUAAUAGCAAGCUGCUGUGGUGGGCUUGAG